CUGUGUGUAAACAUCACUUUACAUCCCUCUGUCCUCACUCAGCGUUUAUCAAGCUUUACGCACGGUCCUGCAGUGUGCUCUCUCCUCCAUCCUUGCACUUGCACCAGUAUCUGGAGACAUUUUUGGAAAGUUUAUUUUCCUUAUUGUGGUUUCUUUCAAUUGGGAGUCGUUCUACCAUCGACCUGUCAGUUCGGAUGCCCCGAUGAGAGAUCCAGUUUACACAGCGGCUGCCAUGGCUCAUCAUCCUUUCCAACCUCACCGACCAGGUGCUCUGCCUCUGUCAGCGUUCUUCACCGCCGCACAGCAGUCACUUUUCCCCGCCAUGACUUACCCAGAAGUCGCCUCUAUGUCCGAGCCUCUUCCGGAGCAGGCUCCGUCUGACGCGGGGCUGCACGCGGCUCUGGGACGCCCACGUCAGCCGUCAGUUCACCCGCGGUCCUUGAAGAGUCUGCAGCCAGAGGAAGGGCGGGAUGACGACCCCAAAGUCACACUCGACUCACAGAAUUUAUGGAAUGAAUUUCACAAAAGGGGAACGGAGAUGGUCAUUACCAAAUCAGGAAGGAGGAUGUUUCCACCUUUCAAAGUACGAGUGGAUGGCCUGGAUGAAACAGCGAAGUACAUCCUGCUCAUGGACAUAGUGGCUGUGGAUGACUGCCGCUACAAGUUUCACAAUUCUCGCUGGAUGGUGGCAGGAAAAGCUGACCCAGAGAUGCCAAAGCGCAUGUACAUCCACCCAGACAGCCCGUCCAAAGGAGAGCAGUGGAUGAGCAAGCCUGUGGCUUUCCAUAAACUCAAACUCACCAAUAACAUUUCGGAUAAACAUGGAUUUACAAUACUAAAUUCCAUGCAUAAAUACCAACCCAGAUUCCAUAUCGUGAGAGCAAACGACAUAAUGAAGCUCCCUUACAGCACCUUUAGGACUUACGUUUUCCCGGAGACGGAGUUCGUCGCUGUCACUGCUUAUCAGAACGAAAAGAUUACACAACUUAAAAUAGACAACAACCCCUUUGCUAAAGGCUUCCGAGACACUGGGAAUGGAAGGCGUGAAAAGAGGAGUAAGCAGUUCACCAUUUAUCCACUGCAUGAGACCCAGGACAAAGCAGCCCACGAAGGUGCUGAUUCUGAUGACUCAUGUGAGCCACCCACUACCCGGGAUCAGUUCCACUCCCCUCGUGAGCUGUCCACACCAACACAUCAAGAUGAGAACAAUAUUGGAAGUGAUUCAGAUAUGGACCAUCGGGAUGUGGAAAUUGCUGAAGUGGGCUGUUCAAGGACUGAGCGUGUGUCUUUUUUCAGUAAAAAAAAUGAGGAGAUGCUGAGAACCAAACCUGCUGUCAGUAAGAGCCCUGGCAGUGACGACGAAAUAAAAGAAAGAACAAUUUUCAGGACAUCAGAUGAUUCGUCCUCUAAGGAAGCCGAGGCUUCAAAAAAGCCCACGAGUGAAAUCAAAGAUGGCGCCCAGCCUAUGCUGUUGCAGGACUCGUCGUCCCUCAGUGCCGCACAGUGUCAGACUUUGGAUUUCUCCAGUGUGCACAGGCAACAACAGUUCCUUAAGCUAGGGGCUCCUUUGCUGCUUCGUCCUGGACAGUUGUCGAUGAAGCCAGAGGCUUUUCCCGCCGCUGGGAUGGGACAUCUGCUUUCUUCUUUGCCCGGAGUAAAUAACCCGGAGAACGGAGGCCUUUCUUCUCAAAGCUUCACCUCUGCAUCUCCGUUCAUGUUUCACCUGUCACAGCACAUGCUGGCAUCUCAGGGAAUCCCGCUGUCGCCCUUCGGAGGAUUGCUCUCCUAUCCCUACCGCUACAUGGCGGCACCUGCUGCCAUUGCUCCGGCUCUCCCCACCUGCUCCGCAACCUCCACACUGGCCAGAAACCACUGUUUCCGCAGCCACCAGCCCUGGUUGCGAUUCAACCCUUAUCAGAUCCCCACCUCUGCCGCCUCAUGCCAAAACCUGCAUACAACCGGAUCACCUGCGAGUUCAAACUCCCUGUCUGAGCUGUCCAAAUCUGGUAGCAGGGAGUCCAGUCCAGUGUCUGAGAACCUGAGUGAAAGAACCAAGGUCAAGCUGAAGACGGCUCCGAUUAAAACUAUUGUCAAAGAGUCCAUUAAGGAACUGCAAAACCUACAGGAUCCAGCUAGAGAAUUUGGUAAACCACUUCCUUCACAAUAGACUCUCCUGGAUGUUGAUUUUUAUAUUACACACAAUGCAUUCUGGGUGAUAAACACAAACGAGUUUAAGCUGCACAUUAGAAACACUUUAAUUAUUUUGUCAGACGCUGCAUGUCUGCUGCUAUUUUCUUUUUUUUAUCAUAUCAUCAUGGAUUUGGUGAUUCGCUGCUCAGAAGGGACCUAGAUGUAUUUAUUAUCACCAGGUAUCAUAAUGUGUUCUUCUUUCAGUGGGAAGCAUGUUACCAUAAGUCAUUUCAAUAGUUCUGAAGUAGUGCUUUUAUGUCACUUAGAAAAUGUCACAUCUUAGACUAAAUGUAGCCCAUUUUAAACCAUGUCAU